AUGCUCACAGGUGAAACCCAUGAAAUAUUUUUCUCAACUCUUUAUGACCUGGAAGAAAGGGAUUAAAAUGAUUAAAGAAAAGACUAUGCUGAAAGCAAGGCAUUCUAAGGUAUUUGUGUUACUAAUCUUGCUGAACUCAAUGAAGAACUUGCCAAUCUUUAGUAAAGAGACCCCAAAUUAUAAGCUAAACUUGAUGAACUCAAACCGACCUAUGACUAGAAGGAUAGAUAAAGAGUUGCUGAACUAUCUCCUUUAAUAAGUUAUUAAUGA